CCAAACAAAUGAAUAAAACUGUUUCAGAAAUUUAAUGUAGUAGGAGAAAUGCUUCUUGGUAAGCUACAGAAGCGCUUCCUCUGCACCUAUGCUGCCGCCGCCGCAAACCAGAGCCGGCGUCAAUGGCCGACGGUACUACAAGUAACCAAAACCAAUUUCACGGAGGCUUUGCAACAGUUAGAAGAUCAUGUCCAUUCAUCUGAUUUCAUCUCCGUUUCACUCCGGAACACAGGUUCCUACUCUUCGUCUUGGCAUCGUCUCCUUCCUAUUGAUACUUCCGACACCGCCUAUUUCAAGGCCAAGUAUGCCGCCGACAGGUUCCAGGUUCUUCAGUUUGCCGUUUGUCCCAUCUCUGUUAGGUCUUCCAAGCUUAUUUCUCACCCGUACAACUUCCAUUUAUUUCCUAGAGAUGUGUUGAAUUUAGGCAUGCCAUCAUAUACUUUUUCUUGUCAACCAUCAUACCUUACUCCAAUGGCUCAAGAAGGAUUCGAUUUCAAUGCCUGCAUAUACGAUGGCAUAACAUAUCUGUCUAGAGAACAAGAAUCUCUCUCAAGAGAGAAGAUAGGAAAUCUGGUGCCCAGUGACUAUAUGGCAAACUCUAUUUCUACCCCCUCAGUAGCCGAUUCCAUUUUCAGCGAAAGGAUAAGAUCACGAGUUAAAAAUUGGAGAAAGGCAUUCAAUGAUGAUUCCUGCACAAAAAAGACUGAAGUUGCAGAAGCUUUAAUCAAAUCACUGCAGAAGCUUAUGUUAGGAAGUGGAGAAUAUAGCUCCAGACCCUGCUUGAGCAUUGAUGUCUGUAGUGACCGUCAAGUGCAGCUGAUUUUAGAGGUCUUGGGGGAAUUCAAUGAUUUUGUACCAAUGAUAGUUCCAGCCAAAGGUGGAGGAGCCCAGGCAGUUCGGAUUGUUUUAACUAGUUCUGAAGAAGACAAGAUUCUUUUCGAGAAAGAGCUACAAAGUCAGGAAAAGGAACAAAACAAGCAUGUUCGUGGUUUUCGAGAGGUGAUUGAUUUGAUUUCCACAUCAGAGAAACCUAUAAUUGCCCACAACUCACUCAAUGAUUUUUCAUUCAUAUAUUCAAAAUUUAUUGCUUCUUUGCCUCCAACAUUUGAUAAAUUCAAGAGCUCGUUGCUCCUGAAUUUUCCCUAUGUAGUUGAUGUUGGUCAUCUUAUGAAAGAAGUGAGGAGACACCUUUAUACGACACCAGAUAUGGAAAUCUCUCGUGGAGGUAGUGAUGGAAAAACAUUGGGAUUGGGGAGUAAUGCUGUAAGGAUAGGCGAAAUAUUUGCAAAAAUAUGCUCUGUUAUGAAGGUGAAUCCGGAAAGUCUGGGAAAAAGUAAAGAUGGCGGUCUGAAAUCUUACGUGAACAACUUUGACAACAGAAGAACAGUCAGUGUGAAGGAUUUAGUUUUCAUAUGGGGGUUCAAGAAGGGGACGUCAGCUCAAUUGCUAAAGAAAAUCCUCUGUAAUAGCUCUUUCUCUUCCCAUGAUGAAGAAGCAUUUUCUGACAUCCGGUUAUUGGACAAGAGCUGUGCAGUGGUUGCCUUUUCGAAACCUGGCUCUUCUGAAUGCUUUCUAAAGGCCAUGCAUUCCUCGGGAGGAUUAUUAAGUGCGGCCUCUUAUGGAACAUAUAGCAAGGCUUGUCAGAUGGGGAUGUGGGAAGUUGAUUUAGCAGAUGCUCUGGAUAGAGCAGUGAUGCUGGAUGGCCACGAUCUUUCUGGAACACAUCUUGAUGAUCCAUCGGAGAUCAUAUGGGAUGAUGAUCUGAUGAUUGACCUUGAUGAUCUUUAGAACAAAAAGGAAGAAAUAUCUUGGUUUUUGAUUUUGUUCUGAAAAUGAAAUUAGCCUCUGUAAAUUAGAUACACUUAAAUACUUCAUUUCUGAUUUCGAUGAUGCAAAUCCAUUGUUGGAUUUGAGAAGUUGUAGUGCAUCAAUAUUUAUAAUCUAAUCAAGAUUUUGUA